AAAGGAACAAGUCAAUCAGCCUUCGUGGUUAGAAGCCUAGCGACUAUAGAACUCUGAAGUAGGCAGAAGGAGAAAAUGAUGAAAAACAAUAUCCCACAAAGGCCCAAAUGACAUUUGAGAGAAUGAUCUCCUCCAGAAGCAAGACCCAUGUGGCACACCCAUAAGUCCCAGGACCGGCCAACCUGAUGGAAAAAGGCCAGUGGAGGCUGAAUCAUAACUUGCUGUUUUUGCUGCUGUGAACCAUCUCAUCUCUCCAUCCUUGCACAAACACCUGGGACCAUGAGGAGCAGCCUUACCCUGAUAGGUACCUUCUGGGCCUUUCUGUCCCUAGUUACUGCUGUGGCCAGUUCUACCAGUUACUUCCUUCCUUACUGGCUGUUUGGAUCACAGCUAGGAAAGCCAGUAUCUUUCAGUACAUUCAGGAGAUGCAACUACCCUGUGUGGGGAAAUGGGCACAGUCUGAUCAUGGUGGAAGAAUGUGGGCGCUAUGCCAGCUUCACCGCAAUACCAAGCCUGGCAUGGCAGAUAUGUACAGUGUUGACAGGUGCUGGCUGUGCUCUGCUGCUCCUGGUGGCAUUGGCUGCUGUCCUAGGAUGCUGCAUGGAGGAACUCAUCUCUAGAAUGAUGGGGCGUUGCAUGGGAGCUGCACAGUUUGUAGGAGGGCUGCUGAUAAGCUCAGGCUGUGCAUUGUAUCCUUUAGGAUGGAACAGCCCGGAGGUAAUGCAAACAUGCGGGAAUGUCUCCAGUCAAUUCCAGUUAGGAACCUGUAGACUUGGCUGGGCGUAUUACUGUGCUGGGGGCGGAGCUGCUGCAGCCAUGUUGAUCUGCACCUGGCUUUCUUGCUUUGCUGGAAGAAAUCCCAAGCCAGUUAUGUUGGUGGAGAGCAUUAUAAGGAAUACCAAUUCUUAUGCCAUGGAGCUUGAUCACUGCAUCAAACCUUAAGCUUUGAAAAAUUUACUAAAUUGUGUAUGGGUGGGAGGGAAAAAAAGAACUGAAAUGAGGUACUAAGCCAAGGCAGCCACCUACUAGUAGUGCAGCCUAGUGCCUGCAUGCUUUUGUCAUUCAUUUUCAUGUUCCCAUAAAACUGUAAGUCCAUGGAGAUUUAGUUUUUCUAGCAAAAUGAUUCAUUUGACAAGAGUUUCCACUGCUCAUUCAAGUCACAUUGAGCUCCUUUAUGCAAAAUAAGAUCUUUACUUGAAAAGUAAAUGAAAAUCCAAGAAACUCCUCAGAGUUCUAUAGGACUCACUUUUCAUUUACCUUAAAGUGUUGAUGCUAUUCAAGAGCAGUUGUACUCUGAGGCACUAGAAGAGGGACUGAGCUAGUUUCCAUCCAUUCAUUUGCAUCAUUCUCUCCCUAAUAUUUAUUGUUAGCCAGAAACAUAUCCUGAGUGUUACUAUUCAAAACUUCCUUGAUAUUCUCAGUCCUAUACUUUGCCUUGUUCUUUUUCUCUUCUAAUACAUGGGAAGUCUUGGUAGAAAGGUAACUUGAAAUGGGGAAAACACUAAUCAUGUUUCUGUAUAGUCCAGAGCACCUUUCACAUUAUGCUUUAGAAUACUUGUAGGAGUUAAUUUUCUUCUCUUUCUGGGUGACUGGUAUCAAAAUAUAGCGACAACUGUUCCAUAAACCCUUCUAGAUACAGAAAUGUUCACUGAAUAUUUUGAGUGAAGUCUAACAUUUGUGAGGUGUUCAAUAAAUAUGAAAUCAUGGU